ACAUCAAAUAUGAUUUCUAUAUAAACAUUCUCCGGAUGCUACACUGGAACUCCUUACUUUGAAAAAUAAUCAUGCAGUUUACAUGUUAGAAUAAUGACAGAGAAGAGCACGGCUGCCAUUCAACUGUUACAACAGGAUUAGCAGCUGAGAAUCAUGUAAUUAUCUUGCGAAUCAUAUGGCCCAGUGAUCUGACCAAGAUAAGCUGUUGAAACGGUGAAAUAUGACAGUGACGUGAAUGGGACUGCAAAGGCUUGAAACAAUUCUGCAACAUCAGAUUUUAUUUUUUAAACAUUUCCUUAUUACGUAAAAAGCUUAUGGUUUUUGUUUAAAGUUAGCCAACCGCACCCAAGUAUAAUGUAAUGUGAAGUCAUGGUAUGAAAGUACUUUUCUGUCACUGCAUUACUUCAUUAAUGUUCAUUUAUAAACACAUUUGUUAUUUCAGGGGACACAGCAAAGCAGAGCAAUGCAGUAUAUCAGCCGGCUGAAAUGACAGCUCAGAUCGGGCAGCCAGUCACUCUAUCCUGUCAAUUCAACCUCACUAAGAAGCUGAAUGCAGAAAGAUUUGGGCGAUUCUACAAAUCAAUCUCUGAGAAUAAAGUUAAUGGGAGUGCAAAUUUAAAAUGCAGGCCACAUAUCACCCAAGAAACUAUUUGUCUUUGUGAGCUUACUCAAAAAAUAAAUCAAACCAGUCUUAAUGAUGAAGGUAUGUAUUACUGUGAGAUUAAAAUAUUAAGGGUUGAAGAGACAAAGACAUUCACAGGCUCUGGGACUAAAAUUUCCCUUUAUGCUGCACCCUCAGUAGAAAUCCUGCAGCCUCCUCUCCUGUUGUCUGGACAUCUCGUUGAACUGAUCUGCAACGCUUCUGGAUUCUACCCUCAGAAUGUCUCAGUGUUCUGGCUCCACAGGGGCCUUCCGCCACCUGCCAGUACGAUUCACACUAAAAUCCAGCGUGACAGUACUGGCACUUUCAGUCUGCAGAGCCAGUACAGGUUCAAUCUUGUGCAGGAAGACCAUAAUACAGAGUGUCUCUGUCAGGUUUCUUCCCUGGACUGGCCUGUGAAGAACAGCUCAGCCAUCACUCUCAAUGUCAGCUAUGGACCCAGCUCUGUGACCGUGACCUCCUCAGCUCCUGUGAGCAAUGGCUCAGUGUGGGCCGAAACAGGCUCUUCUGUGACCUUUGUCUGUGCUGCUGAAGGGAACCCCAUGCCUGAAAUUAGGUGGCUAUGGGGAAAUUUAUCAGAGUCGCACGGAGGAGACGAGCUACUCAUAGCUAAUGUGCAGAAGAAAGAUGAGGGGCUUUACAUUUGUGUGGUAUGUAACCAGUAUGGAGAGGAGAAUACCAGCAUGCACUUACAGGUGUCAGAGAGGACCUGGACUAGAAGGCUUGAUCCUCUCUACAGCUUGGCCAGUGUCUUUGUAGUCCUUCUUGUAGCUGUCGUCUUUGUGGCAUGGAGGAUGAAGAAAAAGGCACCUGGAACUCCUUGCCCACACAGUCGACCACCUGUCUCGGAGGAAUCCGUCAUGCCUCAAGCAAUCUAUGCCGUGCCGGAAAAGAAGAGAAAGAGACUUCAGGAGCACAGGGAAAUUUUGGAUGAACCACAUCUUAUAUACACAGAGAUCACCUUACCUCCUCCAUCCAGAAAUGUGGAGAGCGCGAACUCUAUGCCCUUAUACAGUGUAGUUGGGGCCAAGAGGCAAAAACAUCCAGAGGUUCAACAGCAGCUCACAGAGGGAGUGAGCAGUGUUUAUGUUCUGGCUGAAAGUCCAGCGUGUGACCUGUGGAGAGAACAGGAAGCCGCCAGUUCCUUCCUAACUUUUUCUCACUACUGACCAGUUAAAAACAGCCCCUGUCCCCAAACUGCUUCAUGCUUCCCCUUCAAAUGUGAAAUGUGUUUGUGUUUAUUUGAGGAGAAAUAAAAGGUUGUUCAAAAUGUCGUUAAGUGGAAGAUGGCAGAGGAUGCCAAAACACACAGUUUGCUCAGUGAAAACUUUCUCUCACAUGAGUUUGCCUGCAUCAUUGUAAACAUUAUUUCCAUGUUGUAGUCCAACAGCAUAUUUACAAAUACAAAUAACUAACAAUAUGGAAAUAAAAGGACUAUUGAAAUGCAAGGUGCUGCGCUGAAGAGCCCCAGACACAAUGGGGUGGGGGCCGCUAUUCACAGGCGUAACAUACGGGGCUCACAGCCCAGCCUCCAGGACUGACCACAUCAGAGCACUGGCCUUCAGCUGUGAACAAUCACUAAAUAAAUGUGCCAAUGUACAAAUAUUUACAGAGAAUACCAAGGAGUGCACAAUGUUGGAUUUAUGACACUAUGAACAACGUAUUAGUAGAAAAUGUAAAUAACUUUUCAUGUUUAACAGUUUUUCAGUCUAGUUAUCUAGUUCAUCUUCUGUGACACACUUCAAAACUGGAAAACAACAAAGUAGUUACUUAAAAGUUUCAGUUUCUCUAACCAUGCUGUUUUUAUCAAUAAGAAAUUAGAUCUACAAAAUGAAUCUGUGUAAGUGAACAUCUGAGGUAUAUUUGUGAACCACAGAUUAAAAGAGAGCACAGCAAACAGAAACAGAGAAUUCCUGUAAUCUGCUUAAAAGCAUGAAUAAUAAAGAAGCUUACGUAUUACAGUA